GCUAUGUGCGUUCGCUUAGCUAAUGUGGACCAAAAUGUCAAGAAUAAGCUCUGCAAUGUAAUGCCGAAAUGAAAAGGAGAAGCAUUACAAUUGAAUAUAUUUAAGAAUAAAAAUUUUUUUACUCUAGAUUAGAUUUAAUAUCAGAAAACAAAACAUGACGACUAAUUCGAUAAAACGGAAAGCUGACACUCAAGUACCAGCCGAGGAAAGUGACCUGCUGUUAAUUAGACCUCUGGGUGCUGGUCAAGAGGUCGGACGUUCCUGCAUAAUGCUCGAGUUCAAAGGCAAGAAAAUCAUGCUCGAUUGUGGAAUUCAUCCGGGCAUGAGCGGCAUGGACGCCCUUCCCUUCGUUGAUAUCGUCGAGGCUGACGAAAUAGACUUGCUUCUGAUUUCUCAUUUCCAUUUGGAUCACUGCGGUGCCUUACCCUGGUUCUUGUUGAAAACCAGCUUCAAAGGCCGCUGUUUCAUGACUCACGCGACCAAAGCUAUCUACAGGUGGCUACUGUCGGAUUACAUCAAAGUUAGCAACAUCGCCACAGAGCAGAUGCUCUACACGGAAUCCGACCUAGAGGCUAGCAUGGACAAAAUCGAAACGAUCAAUUUCCACGAGGAGAAAGACGUGUACGGUAUAAAGUUUUGGGCUUACAAUGCCGGCCACGUUUUAGGGGCUGCGAUGUUCAUGAUUGAGAUAGCAGGCGUGAAGAUUUUGUACACCGGAGAUUUUAGCAGACAAGAGGACCGGCAUCUAAUGGCGGCGGAGAUCCCGAACGUUCACCCAGAUGUGCUGAUCACGGAGUCGACUUACGGCACGCACAUCCACGAGAAACGUGAGGACCGCGAGAGUCGUUUCACGAACCUCGUACACGAAAUAGUCAAUCGGGGCGGACGCUGCCUUAUACCAGUUUUCGCAUUGGGUCGAGCGCAGGAGCUACUUCUGAUCCUUGACGAGUACUGGAGUCAGCACCCGGAACUGCACGAGAUUCCGAUCUACUAUGCGUCAUCGCUGGCCAAGAAGUGUAUGGCUGUCUAUCAAACAUAUGUGAACGCAAUGAACGACAAGAUCAGGCGGCAGAUCGCAAUCAACAACCCAUUCGUGUUCAAGCACAUCAGCAAUCUGAAAGGCAUCGACCAUUUCGAGGACAUUGGGCCGUGCGUUGUGAUGGCCUCGCCGGGUAUGAUGCAGAGCGGCCUCUCGCGUGAGCUCUUCGAGUCCUGGUGCACCGAUGCCAAGAACGGCGUGAUUAUAGCGGGUUAUUGCGUGGAGGGCACCCUCGCCAAAACCAUACUCUCCGAGCCCGAGGAGAUAACAACGAUGACUGGCCAGAAGCUACCGCUUAAAAUGUCUGUAGACUACAUCUCGUUCUCGGCCCACACUGACUAUCAGCAGACCUCAGAGUUCAUCCGCACGCUGAAGCCGCCGCAUGUCGUACUCGUUCAUGGUGAGCAGAACGAGAUGAGUCGGCUAAAGGCUGCGCUACAACGCGAGUAUGAGGAUGAUCCGAGCACCAGCAUGGAGAUCCACAAUCCGCGUAACACCGUAGCCGUGGAGCUGUACUUCCGUGGCGAGAAGACGGCCAAGGUGAUGGGAGCCCUAGCUAUGGACACGCCGAAACCCGGCCAGAAACUAUCAGGAGUGCUGGUCAAGCGCAACUUCAACUACCACCUGCUCGACCCUUGCGAUCUAGCCAAGUACACGGACAUGAGCAUGAGUCAGGUGAUUCAGCGUCAAAGCGUUUACUAUUCGGCCUCGUUGCCCACGCUCAAGCACCUGCUCACUCAGAUCGCCGGCAGUCUCGACAUAGUCGACGACAAAAAGCUGCGGGUCUUCAAGAACGUCGACGUGACGAUCGAAGGCAAAAACAUUACGAUGGAGUGGUUGGCCACCCCGGUUAAUGACAUGUACGCCGACGCGGUACUCACAGCGUUACUGCAGGCCGAGACCAUGGAUAGCAAUCCCAAGAUGCUCGCCGCUCCUACCAAGAUGGAUCGCAUGCACUUCAAGGAGUGUCUCAUCGAGAUGCUGCAGGAAAUGUUCGGCGAGGACUCGGUACCCAAGAUUUUCAAAGGCGAGAAGCUCUAUGUGAGCGUCGACGCCAAAAAAGCUCACAUUGAUCUUCUUACUCUGGAAGUCACAUGUCCCGAGGACGAUACCUUUCAGCAAAUCAUACAGACAGCCGUCACUAAGCUGCACCAGUCCCUCGCACCUCCUAUCGAUACCUGAACCGACAAUGUUCCCUGUCAACCGAGAUCCUAAUUAUUCUUCGUACGACAAAAGACGCUCUGACAAUCGUGUGGCUUUCUAGUUGCACGGACAUGGAAAAGCCUCGAGCCAUCCAUUCAUUAUUCUAUUUCCAUCUAGUGUUCCUCUCUACUGGUAUUUAUU